AAACAAACACGCAGUUUAUACACGUAAUUAAGUGAUCGACUACAGCUCCAGAUAAGAGACGUUCAUCAUUGGCCACACGGAGCACUUGCUCAAAUCUGAUUGGAUGUUAGAGGCCUUCUAGGCGUGGGAGUGUUCACGCACGCGAGUGUCAAACAUUUAUUUUUCGCCGGCCAAAUAAUUUUGAGUGUUGUGUGUGUGUGUUUGUGUGUGUUUGUUUGUGUGUGUGAGUGUGCCUGAGUGUGGCUCUCGAUCGAGACAGUGUGGACGAGCAGAUACUCUGAUGAGCUCGAGUCAAAGUGGAUCAAUCAGCGCUGUGGAGCCACGCGAUUAAUCAAUUAUGUAAGAACAACUCCGGGAUUCUACCUGAAGACAAGACAUUCUCUCCGUGACAGAUGGAUCCAAAGCACGCGAACUGUUCUACAGAGCAGUGAUUUGACUGGAGACACUGGAGCCGAUCGAUCUGGAGGAGGAUGUUACUAGCAUCCGCCGUGGUGGUAUGGGAAUGGCUGAACGAGCACGGACGCUGGCGGCCCUACAGCCCGGCUGUCUGUCAUCACAUCGAGGCAGUCAUCCGGAGCGACCCGCGGUGUGGUAGUGUUGUCCUCGGCCAGGUGGACUCUCGCCUCUCGCCCUACAUCAUCGAUUUGCAUUCCAUGCACCAGUUCCGACAGGACACAGGUACCCUUCGACCGGUACGACGUAGCUUCUACGACCCCACCUCAGCGCCAGGCCAGGGCUGGUUGUGGGAGUGGGAGAACGACGCUGGAAGUUGGACGGCAUACGACACGGAGGUGGGCAUCGCCAUCCAGGCGGCACGCGAUCGGCAGCAGCCCUGGCUGGACCUGGCGCCGCUGGGUUUCUGCUACCUCAUUGACUUCGAAAGCAUGACCCAAAUCAAUGGACAGACGCAGCGCUGCCGACGCAUCCAGCGCCGCUCCGACCUGGCUUACCCGCUGGUGUCAGGGCCCCUGCCCAAAUCCCACCAUGCCUGGGGGCCCAUGUCCAUGCCUAGCCAUGGAGGACUGCUCGGUGUGGAUGUUUCAGGAGUGGGCAUGGGGAUCAGGAUGAGCAGCAGCGGGACUGGAAACGGGAGUGCGUACCCCAGUGGGGCGCUCCCUGCCUCGGCCAUCACGUCCCUGGGACAGCCCUGCGCCUGUCAGCAGUGUAUGUUGGUGCUUAGCGUCAAAGCAGGCGCCAUGUCGACUGCUCACACUCUGGGUCGGAGGCCGCCACAGACCAAGCCACCUAGCCCCAAAAUCAGCAGUCACCCUAUCCCAGGAGGGUCGUACUCACUAACCCUCCCUCGGCCUCCCUCCCUGUCCCGCUCAUACUCCCCUCACAGGACGUCCAUAGUUGGGGCGACGGGUGGCUUCAGUGUGGGCGGUAUGGGUGGUCCUGGAGGUUUUGGUAUCAUUGGUGGUAGCAGCGUUGGCAGUUCCAGCCUCGGAUUCGGAGGAGGUUAUCCCCACUCUCUUUCCCUCCUUGGCUCAGCUACCGCCGCCCUCUCCAUCUCCUCCACCCGCCCCCCUCCGCCACCUCUCCCCCCUCCUCCACCGCCUCCUCCUCCACCAUCCACCACACUCUCACCACCCGCCGUCUCCCCACCUCAACCUUCCACUUCGUCCUCCAUGUCUGCUUCCUGUUCCGCCCCUUCAGUGCCCGCUCCAGGCCCUCCUCUCAUCUCCACGGCUGCCUCGACCUGCACGCCCUCGCCUUCUGCCCGUGUCCUGGGCCCAGUGUCUUCAUCUGGUGCUGCUGCCUGUGCAGCCCCUCUGCCGCCCCGGUCCAGCCUCGCAGGGCUGAGCCGACCUGCACUGCAGCGAAUCGCCAUGGCUCAGUCACGUGCCCUUAUCGCCUCUGGAGUGCCAACAGUUCCAGUGAAGAACCUGAAUGGAUCGAGCCCUGUGCACCCUGCACUGGCAGGCAUCACAGGCAUCCUGAUGAGCGCAGCAGGCCUUCCUGUCUGCCUCACCCGCCCUCCCAAGCUGGUGCUUCACCCCCCACCUGUCAGCAAGAGUGACAUCAAACCUGUGCCGGGCCUGGGCCACUGCUGUCGCAAGACCACAAAGAAGCAGGCUCGUAAAGGCAAAACCCCUGAGGAGGUGGUGAAGAGGUACCUUCAGAAGGUCCGCAAUCCCCCAGAGGAGGACUGCACCAUCUGCAUGGAGGCCCUCGCUGGACCAUCGGGCUACAAAGGCCCCGGUGUAGGUGGCAUAUCCCGGGCCGAGUCGGUGGGCCGCCUGGCACAGUGUGGUCACCAGUACCACCUCCAGUGCCUCGUUGCCAUGUACAACAAUGGCAACAAGGAUGGCAGCCUGCAGUGUCCCACCUGCAAGACCAUCUACGGAGUCAAGACUGGCAACCAGCCCCCGGGCAAGAUGGAGUACCAUGUCAUCCCCCACUCUCUACCCGGCCACCCUGACUGCAAAACCAUCCGCAUCAUUUAUAACAUCCCUCCUGGCAUCCAGGGCCCAGAGCACCCAAAUCCAGGCAAACCCUUCACUGCCCGCGGGUUCCCCAGACACUGCUACCUCCCUGACAGCGAGAAGGGACGCAAGGUUCUGAGGCUUCUCCUGGUAGCGUGGGACCGCCGACUCAUUUUCUCCGUGGGUACAUCCAGCACCACUGGUGAGUCAGAUACGGUCAUCUGGAACGAGGUGCACCACAAGACAGAGUUCGGCUCCAACCUGACAGGCCAUGGCUACCCAGACCCCGGCCAUUUGGACAACGUCCUUGAGGAGCUGAAAGCUCAGGGCAUCACCGAGGAGGAGUGUCUACCCAGAGACUGAGCAAAGACACUCAAGAACCGGUGGAGUCUGUAAACACACAAUCCCAGCGGAGGAUUCAGACACAUUAUUUUCACAAUCUGAUCAAAAGAGCAGAAAGGACAUUUCCCACCAGAGAUGGAACAAACUUCUCAAAACAAAACUCUUUACAGGAAUGUUACAGAAAGUGUUACGGCAGAAUAAAAUGUCCUGUCUGACUGCAUGAGUCGGUUCUGAUCCGAGGGGGGGGUGGUUUUAUCCUCCUGAGGCAGUCACGGUGUCACGAUCGCAGAUGUUACUCAGCGAGACAUUUGAGACCACUGUGCACAUACAAGUCAGUGUUAGAUUAAAAACAAAACAAAAAAAAAGUUUAUACUGUGAGACUUCAUAUCAAGAAUGUAACUAAGUGAAUUUUGCUGAAUUGAUAAAGUGUUUACCACAACUACUGCUGCUGCGGUGUGGAGCUGAGAGGUCAGACUGAAGACAGGAAGUGAGGUCACUGCGUUGUUGAGGUUUAGUCCACAAGCAGAAGAAACUUUUCACUGCAGAUAAAUAUUUCAAGUGUAUAACUGGAUAUCUGAGCAUGAAUAUUUGCUGACCUCUAGUGGUACUUUUCCAGAACUACAUUCCUUUUUAGGUUUGAUUUUUAUGAUUAAAUUGUAUUGUUGUAUAUUAUGAAUACUUGAUAUAUUAUACAAUAUUGUUUCCAUUCUACCAUGUUUUUAUAUUUUAAUUUUACAUUUUGUUUUAUAUGCUGUGUUUCUUUGCGUUGUUUUUUCGGAUGUGGCGUGACGGACUGGGAUGUUGGGCUGAAGUGACGAUAAGCUGCUGGUGUACCGGAGUUUGCCUGACAUUUUAUACAUGUCAUCUACCAGCCCCAUUUCUUUAAAAAAAGAUAAUUAUAGUCAUUUUCAGUAAUUUGUAUUUGAUAGUUUCACAAACUGACAUUCCUUAAUUGUUCUGCCCUCAGAGCAUGGGUGCAUUUAAUGAUAGCUUUCUAUGUGUUCUUGUAUCUGCGUUAAUGUUAAGGACUGAUGGAGGGAAAGAUACUCUGGAUUACACGAUCUCCCCCCACGAGGAGUAAACUCCUCACAAAGCCAGGAUUGGACCUCCUGCCUGAGCUCAGAUUUGCACAGAGCUUUCUACUUACUAUCAAAAUGAUCCGGACAGCUUGUAUCUACUGUACUUUUGUGUAGGACACAGACACAGACACACACACACACACACACACACACACACACACACACACACACACACACACACACAUACACCAGCCUCAAAUGCUCUAAUCACACUACAAAAUGUGGUCAUCAGUUGUUUUUCGUCAUGUUUUCAUGAGCAGGUGCAGAAGACUAUCUUGCGUUGUGGAUCCAGCUUUGGCCAAAGUGGUCCAGUUAGUUUGCAUUGGGUCCAGUUGUGGACUGGUUUAUUAUGAGGUACGUUAGAUGAGAUUCACAACAGUGUGUGCUGACAUACUAAUGUAGGCCAACAUUAAAAGCAUUUAUACUUUAUGAUACUUUAUGUAUGCACUGUACUGUAUGUAUGUGUUUUAUGUGCACAAAUUUGCAUUAAAUGUUUUUCUAAGGUUCAAAGAGAA